CUCAAGCCUUUCGUUCCUUUAUAAAAAUUAUUCCACUUUCAUUUGUUCUUCUCGAUCACAUUUUUAUGUUAUUUCCUUUCUUCCCCUAGCCAUCAGUACACACGACUCUAUCACCUUCUGGUUUUUUCAUCUUGUUUUUCCCUUUAUUUUUAGUUUCUUCCUCAUUUUUCUGUGCACUCUAUUAUCUCAAUUUGAUAGAGUUUGAAACUCAUUUGAUGCAGAAUUUUACUUUUAUUGGAUCUUACUGCUAAGAAAUAAUACAAUCUCUCAGAUGCACAUCUACAGCUAAAUGAAUAAACACCAAUGGUGGAGAAGUUGAGUUCUGGCUGCCAUGGUUCCCGAUCACAGCUAAAUAGAAAGUGCUUCACUUUCCUUGUGGGUAGACAAGGUUAUUGGUGAAAAGGCAGGGGAAAAUUUACGCCAUGUCACAUCACCAGGUAACACAUGGGCGGACCCCCUUACACAAAAACUGGAUGGGGAUAGACAUCAUACUUGUCAAAUGGAUUCUUCAAUUUCGAAAGCACUCCUACAAGUCGAUAUUAUUCACUCAGUUUCUUUAAAUAACUCUUUGGAGGUGACUGCUAUUGAGGACACAACUAGAUCUGAUCCUGGGCUUGACCCAUCUUUAGCAAUCAUUAAAGAUUUCUUUCAGAAUGCUAUGACUAACGGAGUGGAUUCUCUCUCGCACUUUCUACUCAAAGAAUUCAGAAUAAUCCUUACCGACUCGUUACAAAAUCAGAAAUUGUCUACUGAAGAAAAGAAAACUUCUAUGUGUGCAAAUUCGGGGGAUGUUUUCACAGGUAACCAUUACUCUGAAGAUUUUGUGAGUGAAGGGGUAUUUGACGAACCAUUAUGUACACACUCGGGGAUGAUUUUUUAGGUCAUGCUUCAGAGAGUGAGAAGAGAACUCCUAUUUCAUCGAUGGAAGACCUUUGGGACUCCGAUACGAAUGAUGAUAUUUGCAACAAAGCUCUAUUGGUUACGAAAGAAAACUGUCUGCCCACAGAGAAUUUGAAUACUCAAAUUAAGAUGUACCGGAAAAAAUAUCAACGGUCUCAUCAUAUGAAGACUAGAUCCCAAACUCGGGUGGAAUAUUGACUUCGUGUCUAAGUUUUAGGAUGUUCUUGGGAGGGGAUCUUAUUUGUACUUCGGGUUGGGCUAUUUUCUCGUUUUUAUUUUUCUCUACUCUUUCUCCCUUUUCCCUUCUUUUCUUUUGACUUUCCCUUCAUGUAUUUUUCUUGACUUCUUCAUUAAUAAAAUUUUCAUUUUGUGUGCAAAAAAAAAAAAAAAAAGUGAUUUAGGCAUUUAGUAUGUCCGCAUUGUAAGGAUAUAGGGGAUUAAAACAGAAUAUCAGAGGAGGGUAAAGAGAGGCAAGUGUUUAUUAAGCUAGCAAACUAAAAUAAUUUCAGAUAUCAUAUGAAGCUAUUUAGAUAUCAAAUGCUCCUUUAGUUCUUGAAUAAAAUUCCUUGCAUGGUUGUUAAUUAAUCAUUUUUUUCUUUUUGACUUCAUGGUUUGCCCUUGUGAUAUGAAGUCAAACAAGGAAGUGUUCUGCUUCAAAGAAAAAAUGGAAUGAUAAAGCUGGCUCUCAUUGUGGAUAAUAAACUAAGUUCUAAACACGAUGAUUAAUUACACUUCUGACAUUUGACUUUGAAAACUGCCCCUGUGAUGUGUAGUUUAAUCGGAAAUUUACCUAUCCAAAGCAUUCACAUAUGGAGGGACGGAUCCAUGAUUCUGAGUCAAGGGGGGCGAAAUUUUUCGUUAGUGUAGGGGGUGAAUUUUUUUUUGUUAGUGUAGUGGGGUGAAAUUUUUGUCCCUAGUAUAGCGGGGCGAAAUUUUUCCCCUAUUGUAGGGCUAUACGGCUAUUUUUAUUCAAAAAAUGACAUUAAUACAUGCACAUCCCGAACGACAUUUAAAUCUAUUACAUUCUAAGUUUAGACGAUGACAAAGACAUCAACCAAUACAUUUUUAAUAACUUCUACAUUGUUUAACCUCAUGAAUCGGUUAUUGAAUUGUAAUUUUUGUCCACCAAGGAGGGUGUUCGUGAGUCAUGACUCAUGAGAAGUUUUCUUAAUAUUACAAUAGUAGUAUACUAGUAUGUAUGAAAAAAAAAGAAAAAAAAAAGUAUACUAGUAUGUAUGAGAUUGUUAUUUUUAGAAUAAUAUGCACCACACACACACAUAUAUGGUGCAUAUUAUAUUUUAAUAUUUUUAUUAAUUCUAUAAUAAUUUAGAGUUUAUUAUCCAUGCA